GGUAAGCCCGUGAUACGUUGCUACAGCAUGUCAGUGUAACCCAUCCGGGGUCCAUUCUCAUCGUUCUCCCGAAACCCAGCGCCCAACGCCGCCACUCCUCCGCCGCCGCGUAGCCGGAGAGAUGUCGAGGCUCGCGGCUGCCGCCCUCCGCGGCGCCCUCACCGCUUCCGGGGCGCGCUCUUACUCGACCCCAGUGGCAUUUCCCCUUGCAUCCUCUCGUCUCUUUUCAACCGACGCAUCCGGCGCCGUAGCGGGAUCACAGGACGACUCAUCGUCCGGCGAAGGCCAUACCUAUGGAAGGUUUUACACUAAUAUUUCUGGUGUCGGCCGUCUUGGCAAGAACAUGCUGAAGACUGACAUUAUCCAUUACCUUGACCAAUGUGAACUGUCACUGGAUGAUGUGAAGAUUGAUUACAACAAGGGAUUUUAUCCCAUGGGCGCAUUAUUGAAGUUUCCUUCAGUGGAAUCAUUUGAGGCAGCACUCAGGCAAACAAUUCAGGGUCGCAUGUACAGGCUUGAGAGGGUGAGUCCUGAUGUGUGGGAACACAAGAUAUCUUUGAAUGGAAAAGCUGUACUGUUGCAAGGAGUCCCUCGAAGCGCUCAAGCUGAUGACAUAGAACGUUUCUUGUGCGGCACUAACUAUGAACCUCCUCCAUUUGAAAACUUUGUCAGAGCUGGGGUUCCUGAGCCUGUAAGAAUGGUGCUGGUAAAGUUCGGCUCGAGGACUGAUGCAACCAAUGCCUUCAUUGCUAAAAACAAGGGUUUCUGUCUGAACAGUCCUGUUACCAUGCGGGUUAUUCAGUAAUUUGUCAGAUAUUAUCAUGUGAUCACCUCCUUCCCAUCAAACCUAGGAUGUGAAGCCUAUAGGCGCAUGUGAUAGAGACUCCAUUCAACCUGAUUUAUUAUGGGUUUUCUCUGCCACUUUAUUGUACCAUUUUUGUUGUCAACCUGGACCUUGUGCUUGUGCUUAGCUUGCAGGUUUCCUGUUAUGACAGAAGUAGUUAAACGAGUUAAUCUAAUAAAUGUUAAUACACAUCA